AGGUUAGAAACCAACCUUGCAAAACCCACAGCACGGAUGGGAGCGGGGUUGGAAAUCCCCCUCUCAGCUCACAGUGGGAGCUGGGAUGCAAGGAGGGCUUGGCGGGCACGGAGACGGGCACAUCACGGAGCUUUUUCCGCGCGUGCAGCGCUGCUGCUGUGGCGGUGACUCCUGCAAUGAGUGUCUGUGGGUUUCUGGAGCGUGAACUCAUCGGCGAUGCAAACGUCUCUCUGACACGGAAGCAAAGUUGAAGCCCCGGCACCAGGCAGCAAAGCGCAGAGCAAAGCAGUGGUGGGGGAAUCGCUCUGCCCGAGCAUCUCCCGGCUCCGUGAGCACAUCUGGCCCUGGGGAAGGGGCUGAGGGAGGGAGGUGCUGCUCAGCUCCCUGCAGGCCCCGCGAGUGAGCAGUGCUGGAGAGCCAGGAGCAGCGGCGAGGCCCCGAGAAGAGGAUGAGAACAUGGGGCUCAAGUUAUCCUGCCUGAAAGGGUUGAAGAUGUGUGUGAGCAGCGGGAAUGGCAGCACCGGGACCCCAGAACAGGAUGGGAAGCACCUCCACGUGCCCUCCAUCAUCGUCACACCGCCCACACCCACGGGGACCAUGCUGUGCCGGGACACACGGAGGGCAACGGGGGGCACAUCACCGCCCUGCAGCCGGCGCUGAGCACCCACAGGGGACACCAACAGCUCCAGUACUGCCCCAGGGCUGGAUCCCGCCCCGCUGGGGGUGAUGCUUCCUGGUGUGCUGCUUCGCUGGAGAGCCCCGGGAGAGGACGGCGUGCAAAAGCAGAUGGAAAUUUAAUUUUUUAAUGACAGCAGCAGAUGGCAAAAGACACAAAAGUGUAUUCACACCAUGUCAGAGCCAUUUAUAAAGUGCCUGGCGGAGCUGCAGCGCGUGCUGGUGGCACCACGGGGGGAUCUGGGCCCUUUCAACCCCGGUUUGCCAGUGGAAGUGCCUGUCUGGUUGGCCAUCAACCUGAAGCAGAGGCAGAAAUGCCGGCUGAUACCCCCAGCGUGGAUGGAUGUGGAAAAGCUGGAGGAAAUUCGGGACCAAGAACGCAAAGAGGACACCUUCACUCCAAUGCCCAGUCCCUAUUAUAUGGAACUCACAAAGCUGCUCUUAAACUACGCCUCCGACAACAUCCCCAAAGCAGACGAGAUCCGGACGCUGGUGAAGGACACGUGGGACACGAGGAUGGCCAAACUGCGGCUGUCUGCGGACAGCUUCGUCCGGCAGCAGGAGGCCCACGCCAAGCUGGAUAACCUGACGCUGAUGGAGAUCAACACCAUUGGGACUUUCCUUACUCAAGCCUUAGACCACAUGUACAAGCUCCGGACCAACCUGCAGCCUUCUGGCAGCGCCGAAUCCCAGGAUUUCUGAGCAUUUCUGCCCACGCCAGCCCUCCAAGCACACACGUCCGCCGUGCCACCUUCCAUCUCCCAGAACCCUGUGAGUUUUGUGAGCCACGUGCAGCCCGUCCUCGGCAGCAGCUGCAGGCGGCUCAGCUUCCCCUGCUGCUGCUCACACACAGCCUGGGGAGGGAGCAGGGCAGGAACCGCUGCAGAGCUGGCACGGGGCAUUCCCUGCAUGAGAGCUGCAGAAGCCCUCGCUUCCCCUUUGCUGAACUUCGCCUCUCCCUUUGGUUCAGAGGCUGCUGCCAAAGGCGUGCACAGAUACAUGUGGUGGCUCGCCAGCAUCCGGCUAAUGAUGUCGGGCAGAUCCCUCUGCCCUGCGGAGCGUGGGUGUACUUCAUAGAGGGAACUUCUGAGGGCAGCACAGGCCACACACUGCCUUGAAAGCAAUGAAUUUCAAGGCGGUGCUUCGCUGCGGGUUCACUCGGAGCCUCAAAACAGGGAAAGAUGUGCCGGCAGCGAGAGCGCUGGGAGGCACAUCCAUCUGCUCCUUGGAGAAGGACAAAAGAAAAUGGCUUUUCCCUCUCCGAGCCAGGCUGGUUGGUACUAUGAAACCUCCCAGCACCUGGGCAACAGCCAGCUGGCUGAGCAGGACCCCAAGGGGAGGAGGGCAGGACCCCCAAAAGGGGGGUGGCAAAGCCGAUCUGCUGGGAGCGACGCUCUUUUCCCAUCACUGCUGGGGGGGAGAAAGAAUCCUUUUGCCAUCCUUAGGAAGCUUUUAUGAUGAUCUUUUUUUUUUUGUUGUUGCUGUUCUGAUGUUUUCAGACAUUACAGCCAGGAAUACCUCCUUGCUACAUCCACCAAAUGAUCUCUCUUCCAUUACAGUUAAUUCAAACAAAGACACUUAGAACGA